GGAGCGGCGGCGGGGCUGCUGUGGCGACCGACGCGCGGCGGUGGCGGAGACCCACCCCCGUCCACAUGGACAGUCGCCGAGGCCUGGGCUGAUGCUCUGACGCCUGGGCGGGGUGGGCGGGCGGCGGCGGCCACUGCUGGAGCAGCGAGGGGUCGCGGGCGCCUCACGGUCGCGGAGCCCUCGCUCGGCUCAAGCCGCUGCGGCCAUUUUACGGCCCGGGACGUAGGAGGCGUGUGAGCGUUCGCUCCGUUCUCCAUCCUCCGGAGCCAGCGGCGGAGCGGGGCGUAGGGGAGCGGAGGGAGCUCCUCGGAGGCCGGCGCGGCCCGGUGGAUGGGGAGUCGUGUGCCGAGGGGAGCCGGGCCCGGGAAGCGCCGCCGCCGCCGCUCACGGUCCCCGGUAGGCGCCUGAGGAGAAGCAGCCCAGGCCGUGGGCCUCGCCGCCUCCCGUCAGGCCCGCUUUUGUGUGGGGGGCCCGGCCGGCGGGGAGCGCCCCUCGCGGACGGUCGAGCCCGAGGCCCGCCACCCUGCGGCUGCUACCCUCCCGACGCGCGGCCCCCAUUCCCCGCCAGCACCGCGCCGGUGCGGGCCAUGGAGUAAGAAGGAGGCGGCGUGGAAGGAGGAAGAUGGCGGCGGGCAAGAGCGGUGGCAGCGCUGGGGCUCUUUUCCUGAAAGCUUUGGCUAGAUCAGAAUCUAAGAGGGAUGGAGGCUUUAAAAAUAACUGGAGCUUUGAUCAUGAAGAAGAAAGUGAAGGAGAUGCAGAUAAAGAUGGGGCAAAUCUACUCAGUGUAGAAGAUGAGGAUUCUGAAAUCUCAAAAGGAAAAAAGUUAAAUCGGAGAUCUGAAAUUGUUGCUACUAGUUCUGGUGAUUUCAUCUUGAAGACUUAUGUAAGGCGGAACAAGACUGACGGCUUUAAAACUUUGAAAGGCAACCCAAUUGGACUUAACAUGUUAAGCAACAAUAAGAAACUGAGUGAAAACACACCAGCUACAGCAUUAUGUUCUGGAACUGUGGUUCAUGGGAGGCGCUUCCAUCAUGCUCACUCGCAGACACCAGGCAUCAGAACAGCGGCUCAGAGCAAUCAGGACCGAAAAGAAAGGAAAGAAUACCCACCUUAUGUCCACAAAGCUGAAAACAGCCCUAUAAUGUUAAGUCAUGGCCAAGGUGGAGACCAUAUAAUGAAGAAAGCGGAAGAGUCAGAAUCAUAUGUAGACCCUGAGAUUAAGAGGAAAGUCCAGCAGAAGCGGCACUGUAGCACUUACCAGCUUUCUCCUUUGUCCCCUGCCUCAAAGAAGUGUUUGACCCUUUUAGAGGUUUCUGAACAGCGUGAAUAUUGCCCAAAAUGUGGAAAAGAAAGUCAGACCAAAUGCCAAAGUUGUGGUAUUGUUUUUCAUAAUGAUUUGCAAAGAAAUUGCCGACAAGCCGUAACUUUGAAUGAACCUACUGGAGCAUUGCUAAGAACAUCAAUUCAUCAGAACUCUGGAGGACAGAAAUCACAAAACACAGGACUAACAGCUAAGAAAUUUUAUGGGAACAGUGUGGAUAAGAUUCCAGUUGAUAUUUUGGUCACCUGUGAUGAUAGCAGACAUAAUUACAUACAGACAAAUGGGAAAGUCAUUUUACCUGGAGGAAAAAUACCUAAACUCACAAACCCAAAAGAGCGAAAGAUGAUCGUGUCAGAUUUAAACGACCCAAUCAUUUUGUCCAGUGAUGAUGAUGACGACGACGACGAUAGGACUAAGAGGAGAGAGAGCACAUCCCCACAGCCUGCCGACUCAGCAUGCUCCUCACCAGCACCAUCUACGGGAAAAGUUGAAGCUGCACUAAAUGCAGAUGCCUGCAGAGCAGAGCAGGAACCCAGAAGCAGUCCAGCAGAGCCUGAGUUAAAUACCAUUGUCAUACCACGAAAAGCAAGAAUGAAGGACCAGCUUGGUAAUUCCAUCAGCACACCUUUAAAACGUCGUAAAGUAAACAGUCUUGCAGCUUUUACUCACCCUGUGUCUUUAAGUUGCCAAAACUUUGACAGUGUCAUUUUAAACUGCCGAAGUAUACGAGUUGGAACACUCUUCCGACUGUUGGUAGAGCCUGUCAUUUUUUCUUUAGAGUCAAUCAAGAUACAUCUAGAUGGACCAGAAAGUGAUCCUGUAGAGAUUAUUUUAAAUACCUCUGAUCUAACUAAAUGUGAAUGGUGUAAUGUCCGGAAAUUACCAGUAGUGUUUCUCCAGGCAAUACCAGCAGUGUACCAGAAGCUGAGCAUGCAGCUACAGAUGAGUAAAGAAGAUAAAGUUUGGAAUGAUUGUAAAGGAAUAAACAGGGUAACAAGUUUAGAAGAACAGUACAUUAUUUUAAUUUUUCAAACUGGCCUUGAUCAUCAGGCAGAGGUGGUCUUUGAAAGUAUCAUUACUGACAUUGGUAUAAGGAAUAACGUUCCCAACUUUUUUGCAAAAAUUCUUUUUGAUGAAGCCAAUAGCAGACUUGUUGCCUGUACAAAAAGCUAUGAAGAGAGCAUCAAAGGAAACUGCGUGCAGAAAGAGAACAAAGUGAAAACUGUGUCAUUUGAAUCUAAAAUACAACUUAGAAGCAAACAAGAAUUGCAGUUUUUUGAUGAUGACGAAGAAGCUGGGGAGAGCCAUACAAUCUUCAUUGGCCCUGUAGAAAAAUUGAUAGUAUACCCACCACCUCCAGCUAAGGGAGGCAUUUCGGUUACUAAUGAGGACCUGCACUGUCUAAGUGAAGGAGAGUUUUUAAAUGAUGUUAUUAUCGACUUUUAUUUGAAAUACUUGGUGCUUGAAAAACUGAAGAAAGAAGACGCUGACCGAAUUCAUAUAUUUAGUUCUUUUUUCUAUAAACGCCUUAAUCAGAGAGAGAGGAGAAAUCCCGAGACCACUAAUCUCUCGAUACAACAAAAACGGCAUGGGAGAGUAAAAACGUGGACACGGCAUGUAGAUAUUUUUGAGAAGGAUUUUAUUUUUGUACCUCUUAAUGAAGCUGCACAUUGGUUUUUGGCUGUUGUUUGUUUCCCUGGUUUGGAAAAACCAAAAUAUGAACCUAAUCCUCAUUACCAUGAAAAUGCAGUCAUGCAAAAAACUCCAAGUGCAGAGGACAGUUGUGUUUCUUCUGCCAGUGAGAUGGGUGCUUGUUCACAGAACUCUGCUGCCAAGCCUGUGAUCAAGAAGAUGUUAAAUAGAAAACUUUGCGUAGCUGUGACUGAUUCGAGUGCUGCACAGGAAGAAAGUGAGCCUUGUUACCGGAGAAACGCAUACAGUGUGAAGUGUAGUAUGAAAAAAAAAAAUCAUGCUAUCAGUGAAAAUGAAGAACCAAGUAACGGAGAAUCUGCGUGUCAGGACAUUUGUGAUAGAACCCAAAGUGAGAAUGGCCUCCGGGAUGAAUGCUUCAGUUCUGCACAUCAUCCAGAUGCCUUAAGCAAAAUCAGACUAAACUAUGGCGAUCAGUCAGCAGAUGGUGGAAAGCUGCUAGAAGAUGAGCUCAUUGACUUCUCAGAAGAUCAGGAUGACCCGGAUGAUAGCAGUGAUGACGGACUCCUUGCUGAUGAAAACUACAGUUCAGAAAUAGGACAGUGGCAUUUAAAGCCUACUGUCUGUAAACAACCUUGUAUCCUCCUUAUGGACUCACUCAGAGGCCCUUCUCGGUCAAAUGUUGUCAAAAUUCUAAGAGAGUAUUUAGAAGUGGAAUGGGAGGUGAAAAAAGGAAGCAAAAGAAGUUUUUCCAAAGAUGUUAUGAAAGGGUCCAACCCAAAAGUCCCACAACAGAACAACUUCAGUGACUGUGGCGUAUAUGUGCUGCAGUAUGUAGAGAGCUUUUUUGAGAAUCCAGUACUAAAUUUUGAGCUCCCUAUGAAUUUGGUGAACUGGUUUCCUCCCCCCAGAAUGAAAACAAAAAGAGAAGAAAUCCGAAACAUAAUUUUGAAGCUGCAGGAAUCGCAGAGUAAAGACAAGAAGCUGCUGAAGGACUCCUUAGCAGAGACGUCCUUAGGGGAAGGAGCAGAGCAGUACGCCAGCGCCAGCGGUGGCUCAGAGUGACGAGGAGGCUGGGCCUGGAAGGCUCCCCCUUCCCAGUGACAGACACAGCAUUUACUCUCGGGAGAGACUGUAAAGAGCUAAAGUGCUCACUACUCAGAGACUCGGGUGAUAAAGCCUGUAAAAAUGUCAUAAGUGAGUUCCAAAGGAGUGUGUAUUAAGUAAAAGUCUGUAAAUAUGUUAAUGAGGCCAACUUUUCCAACAUUUAUAAUUAUUUUUUUCACUUUUAGGAAGCCUUUGUUAUGUAUUUUCUGUUAAUAGUACUAAAACUGCAACUUCUAAACACAAAUAAAUAAAAUAUUUAUAGGAGGAAAUGAUUAAUUUGAUAUUCUUUAGUGAACUUGCAUAAUUCCUCAGUGUGAUUUUAUUUCAUGGGAAUAGAAGUAUCUUUUGAUUUUUUUUUUAACCUUUGUUCUAAAAUACUCCAAAAUGUGAAAAUAUAAUUGUCAAAGACAUUUUAAACUACAAAUGCAUCUUUAGAUGCUUGCAUAGCAAGAAAAAUUAAUCUUUUCAGUUCAUGCUCUUUCAUCUGUUCAAAGAACCCCCAAAGUAUAACAACUAUUCAUAAUUUUACACAAAUAGUUAAACACCAUUAAGGGUAAUCAAAGACAAUGCGCCUUGACUUGUGCUAGGGAGGCGACCCGGCUCCGGCAUACCCUCAGCAACUCAGGUGAAGGCUGUCCUGGCAACGGCAGCUUGAAUCUCAAAUAUCCAGCAGGACCUUUGCAGUUCAUCUUGCAGUGUGCUGCAGCCUGGAUGACAGAACUAGUUAAGGAGCAGUUUUCAUCUGUGAACACGGGCUUUCUUUCACAUAAGAAUUUAUUUUCUGUAUCUUCUGCUCUUUUUCACUAUUUUGUUCUCAUUGUUUUGAUAAAGUACCAGGAUUUUUGCUUGAGUUUUUUCUGAGUAAAUUGUUUUAAACUGCGAAGUGUUCUCUUUAAUUGCAUAGUGCAGCAGAAGCUCUCAUUUUCAGUUUUCCUAUUUCAGUUGAGAAGCUGUGGGGCUGGGCCUGUAGUUGGGUGAUAGAGUGCAGGCCCACGGAGCAAAUAAAAUGCAACAGUGUGAAGCAUCUGAUGCUACAAUUGUAAUUCAUGUAGAGUUCUCACUUGUGUGUGUAGAAACUAUUACUUUCUCAAAUGGUAUAUAUUUCGGGUUAAGUGUAAGACUUAAAAUAUGUAUUUUAAGCCAUUUUUGUUAGUGAAGUUUUAAAUGCCCAUACAACAACAACAAGUUGAGAAAAAAAGGCCAUUUUGUCAGCAGAUACUUUAUUUUGAAUGUGGCCCUGUUUGGCACUGUGAGCCACAAUUUAGACUGCUAAUGGGUUUUAGUAAAGUAUUAGGGAAGGGUUUAAGUGAGUGAGAAUGUUAACAAAAGCUUGACUCUAGUGACAACUGAAUUUAAUAUAAGGAAAAGUCACUUAGGGCUAGCAAUCGUGUGUUUUCUCUUUUUACUUUGACCUAUAUUUCUUACUUCUGAUUAUUUCUUUUUAAUGAGACUUUUUAGCUGCUAGGCCAUAUAAUUAGCUAAGAUAUGUUUUCUAAUUUAAUUUAGUUAGAUUCUAAUUAAAUUUGAUUAGAAAAGUUUUCUAAUUUUAUUUCUAACUGAAAAUGCCUACAUGCUUUUAUUCUCUACUGAAGUUAAGACCAAGAAAAGGGAAUUUUUAAAAAACUUAAUAGAAUAAAUAAGAUUGGUAAACUUUAUCUUUAAAAUGGACUUUAUUUUGCCAAAAUUUUAGGAAACUGGAAAAGCUACUGUAAGGACAAGGUAUGCUAGCACACAGCAGUUCAUACCAGCUGCUUAGGGGGCUGAGGUGCUUGCCCACUUGAGCCUGGCAGUUAAAGGUCAGUCCGAAAUAUGGUGAGACACUGUCUCAGACAAAAACAAAGUAUUUUCAAAUGCUGGUGGUGUUUCUGUUUGGUUCUUGGUAGCUAUAUUUUAUAGUGUUAGAUAACUUUUGAUAAGGUAAAAUUAUAAAUUGUUCCCUGGGCUAAUUCUGGUCAAUAUUUUUUUUUAUUUCAAUAUGAAAAAUAAAGACUGCUGUGUGUCAACUUUCUAGAGGUAGAACACUUAGCUCUUUGGUUUCUGUUCUACCCCUGUAAAGCCUUUUCCUUCUGCUGGUUAUGCUAAUGCCCUUGCAACAUGCACAUUAGAAUCUUUGGAACUUUGACGACACACUGCAGAACUAGACCAGCUCUUUAGAGAGGUGCAUUUGCUUGAUACUUGUGUCCUCUGGUUCUUUUAUAAAUAGUUUAAAGCGAAGAUCUCCUGUUAAAAUGUGUGAUUAGUACAAGCUGUGAGACAGAACUUUGCAGUCAGAAGCCUGUCACUUGACACCACAGCUGCAUGAGGCUAUCUAGUGACUUCGCUAAUUAGAUAGAGCUGCUGUAUUGGUUUUCUCAUUGGAUAGAAUAACAGUUAAUCAUUUUUAGAAGAGUUUUAGAUUACUUGACAUAAAAUUUGUAUGUACCUGAGCUCCUGGUAGGUUAGGAGCAAAGGAACUGUUAACCAGCCUCAUCCCUUUGGUGUCACUGACUUCAGACAGCUGAGAACUGGACUGGGUCAGCUCCGCUUAAACCUGAAACAGUUAGCUUUCCUUUGCAUGCUGCUUGUGCUUAAUGGAGUCAAUUAAAUGCAGAAGGUUUUAUUUGAAAGCA